GUCUCUCUCUCUCUCUCUCUCUUCGCUGCUCUCUCAAAACCAAAAAAAAAAAAAACAUAAGAUCAACCAUAGUGCUUUUUCAGUUCCCUCCCUUUUACAAGCCAAGAACAUGACUCAAGUCACCAUGGAAGAAGUAUGGAAAGAAAUCAACCUUGCUUCGUUUCACAAACAUCGCCACCUAAACAUUGAUCAUGAGCCAGUGUUGAGGAACCAAAACCCUACUAACUCCAUCAUCCAAGAUUUCCUCAGCAAGCCUUUGAAUAAGGAACCACCACCUUCGUCUUCAUCCACUCACCAUGUCUCUCUUCUUCUUCCUCCUGCAACUGUUCCCAGCUUGAACCCUCAGUACUCCAUUGAUACACACUUUGAUGAAUCUGCUAGGUUUGGUUGUUUAGGGAAGAAAAGAAGCCAAGAUUCUGAUGAAAGCAGAGGAGACAGAAGGCAUAAGCGUAUGACCAAGAACAGGGAAUCUGCUGCUCGUUCCAGGGCUAGGAAACAGGAACGUGUCUCUCCUUACCCUUCUUUCCCUUUUCAAAUUCAUGUGAAUCAAAAGAAGAAAAAAAAGAAGAAAAAUGAUAAAUCUAGUGUUGACUAUACAGUUCUGCCGUGUAUUAAAAGUGGUAUGUGUUUUUAUUUUCAUUAAAUUUCAGGCAUAUACUAACGAGCUGGAGCUUGAAAUUGUUCAGUUGAAGAAGGAAAAUGCAAGACUCAAGAAACAAGAACAGAAGAUGCAAUUAAAGAUAGUUGAAGCAACUCAACAUCAAACAAGGAAAACACUUCAACGGUCUUGGACGUCUCCAUUUUGAGGAAAAUCAAAAGUCAUGGUGAAGAGAAGCUGCAAAAGAUCUGUACAUUUUUACCUAAGUUAAACUUGUGGAUGUAGUAAUUUAGGUCAGUUAAGAAAAGUAUCUAGAAAGUAAGAAAAACCCUUUUGACUUAUCUACUGUUUUCUACAUAAUUUCUAGUGCAAAUGGAAGUAAAAUAUGAGGUUCUGUUUUAACUUUUCAGUGUUUAACCCAUUAACUCACUGUAAUACGCAUUCACUAAAGAGAAAACGUCUUGCUGAUGAUGACCGAGAAGAUGUUACUU